AUGCCUCACGCGGUGCCAAAGCUGCGGCAGAGCUGGACCCUACCGGCCAAUCGGUGGAGCCGAUCACCAUCGACGUAUAUCCAUCCAGAACGCAGCCGACUUGGUGGCAUCCAAGCAUGGCCGAAUAGACGUUCUCAUCAACAACGCAGGAGUCAACAACCCGAAAAGCUCGAUCUCGCCCAGCAGCGCCAGAUCUUCCACGAAGUAUACGAGGUCAAUCUUUUCGGCGCCGCUAUGGUCACUGAGGGAUUCACACCUCUUCUGGAGAAAGCAAGCGCAGGCCUGGCGCGUAUUGUCUUUGUCUCCUCGCAUACGGGCUCUUUGGGCCUUCGAGUCGACCCCUCGGGCACGGAUAGCAAGGCUGCACUGAACAUGAUCACCUUGCACUAUGCGGCUAAGUUUCAAGGAAAGGGUUGGAAGGUGAACGGUUCAUGUCCGAAUCUGACGGACACCAACUUUACGCGCGGCUGGCUCACAGGCCGGCCCGCCUCAGAGUCUGUGGUGAACAUUGUUCGACUGGCGACCUUGUCAGUUGAUGGUGAAUCGGGGGUGUAUUCGGACGAGAAUGGUGUUGUGCCGUGGUAG